CAGCUGCAUGCGAACUGUUCUAGAAUCGGAAGCCAUUGAUAAUCUGAUAAGUGUAGCCUCAAGGUGAAUUUAUUGUUCGUGCGAUUCUCACGUUCUCGGUUGAAAUUUUAAAGAGCUUUUUCGCUUUUUUUCAAUUUCAAAUUUCCUAGUGCAAUAUGCCACGACGUGGACGAUCUCCAUCUCCCUCCAGGGGAUCCUACCCAGCUCGUGCUGCCCCAGCACGCGCUGCCCCAACGCAGCCAGCUGUACACCAACCACCCCCAUCUCAACCAGCCAUGGCCCAGCCCCAGCAGCCUAGUCUCUUCAAACAAAUGGCUGCAACAGCUGGAGGAGUUGCCGUAGGAUCAGCUGUCGGACACGCUGUUGGACAUGCUCUUGUCGGUGGAUUCGGCGGAGGUGACAGACAGCCAGCGGAGCAACAGGCAGCUGCUCCAGUCCAGCAGUACCAACAGCCAGCCCAACAAACUGGACCAUGCUCAUGGGAAAUCAAGCAGUUCCUCCAGUGCGCUGAGAGCCAGUCUGAUCUCUCUCUCUGCUCCGGUUUCAAUGAAGCCAUCCGUGCUUGCAAGGAAGCCAAUGGCGUUGCCAUGUAAUGUGAUAGGUUGAAGAAAGUGCGUUUAAUAACCGUAGACCUCCUAGUUCCACGCUUUUCUGAGACCCUGCUUCUGCUUCCAACCUCAGCAGAAUAAAGAUCCAGCAAAUGAUUUGGGAAUAAUCAAUUUUUUAUUUUGUUUUCAAUUUCUCUGCGUUUUGUUUUACCAAUUGUUAGUUUAAAGUAAUGAUGUUCUUCUUGAUCAAACAAACAUCCCAGGCUUGAUUUGUUUUCAGAGUAUAACAUGUUGAUCAAAAAAGAGUGUUCAAGACCUGUAAUUCUUUAGAACAAUAAAACGAAGAACUUACAGUUAC